AUGACUAUUGUUCAGGAUAAUGCCAGAUUCGACUUCAUUGUCGUCGGUAAAGGCACAGCUGGCAACGUCUUUGCCGGUCGCCUUGCCGAGAACCCUAAUGCUAGAAUCCUAGUUGUUGAAGCUGGUGUUGAGAACGCCAAGGAUCUUGAAGCGAUCAGAGUUCCUUCCAACGCGAUGGAUCUUCGUGAUAGCGAGUAUGACUGGUCAUUCAAAGCAACUAUGGUCAAGCGAGACGAUUAUGAGCGCAUUGAGAAGCCUAACACGGGUGGAAAGGUCCUGGGAGGCAAUUUGUCCUUGAACUCCUUCACCUGGGCGCCUGGAUCCAAGGUCACUUUUGAUAUGUGGGAGGACGUAAUCUACCAUGAUGAUACAAAUGCAUACUCGCCCGAGCUAAAGAAGAUUUGCCAAAAAGGGCCGAUCCCGAUUGCUCACUCGAAACUCAUCCCCGAGAUGCAGCCUUUUAGAGGCCUCCUCACUAAGGCAUGGAAUUCCGCUGGUCACCCAGUGACCGAGAAUAUUUUCGAUGGUACAAUGCCUAGCCUAACUCAUAGUGUCAACACUAUUUACAAGGGUCGUCGCUCUGGCAGUUUUCUUUAUGUUGCCGAUAAGCCAAACGUCACUAUCCUUCCUCAAGUGCAUCCGAGGAACCUUAUUAUCGAUGUCGCGGACAAAACCUGCCGAGAUGUGACUGUUAUCCUAAGCUCUGGCCAAGAGCUCAAUCUAUUUGCCGCCCGUGAAGUCAUCGUCUCUGAAGGUGUUUUCGAGACUCCUAGGCUAUUGAUGCUCAGGGGUAUUGGGCCUUCCGCAGAGCUCAAAAAGCAUGGAAUUCCGGUGAUUAACGAUAGCCCGCAUGUUGGACAGCAUCUCCUGGAUUACCCUUGUGUUUAUUUCGUCCUGCGUCUUAAGAAUGGCUUCGGUAUGGACGAUUACGUCUUGCAGAAAGGAACCCCAUAUAAAAAUCAAGCCAUCAAGACCUACCAGAACAAUUAUAGUGGCUCAUUGGGCUCCGGAUUCCUUGAAAUGGUUGGGUUCCUCCGGAUCGACAAGUAUCUGGAAAAAGACCCUUUAUUCCGUCAAGCCAAAGCCUGCAAGGACAACAAAGACCUAUUCUGUCCAUACGGCCAGCCUCAUUUCAAACUUGACUUUGUCUGUCUUUUCGGAAGAGCCUUCCAGUGGUACUAUCCCACUCCCAGCAAAGGUAACUACAUCACUGUGAUGGUCGAUCUUGUCCGUCCUGUCUCUGAAGGCGAUAAAGUUACGCUCCACAGCAGCGAUGCCCCGCAGCAAGCUAAUGUCAAUCUGAAUUGCUUUAACAAUGACCUCGAUAUUAUUGCCAUUUGCCAGGGUAUCCGGUAUGCCUAUGGUGUCCUCAAGAAUGGCGAGGGUUUCAAGCACAUCAUCGAGGACGAGUACCCCUGGCCGAUGCCGCUGCACGACGGUGGUUUUGUCUUCUUCUUGGCUAGGUGGCACGGGUUGGAACGGAGAAUCAAUGCAUUAAUCGCCAGAAAGGAGCUGGCCGACGUAAUCAUGGUGUGUACGGUUCGCGUCAGUACCGAGAAGAGCUCGGAGAAAUCAAGGUGGAAGAGCUUAUAA